GAAACUUUGCUCAUUUUCCAUUCAAAGUGUUUAAAGCCUUUAACCAAGCUCGUUGCUGCUGCUUCCAAGGGAAGAAGAAAGAUGAGCACUAAGCUCUGCCUUGUGCUCUUCUCACUCCCUUGCUUCUUCGUUGCGCCUGCCACUGCCUUCUCAUGGCCUUCUUCCCACAACUACCCCUUUAGAUCUGACAGCAUCGCGGCCUCCUCGGAGCCGGUGGACGUCUCGUAUCACAUGGGCCCUGUGGUGGCAUCGCCGGCGAACAUCUACGUCAUAUGGUACGGGCGCUGGGCGGCGGCGCCGCAGAGCAUCAUAAGGGACUUCCUCCUCUCCCUAUCGUCCCCUGCUCCGCUGCCGCCGCCGCCCUCCGUCGACGAGUGGUGGCGCACGGCCCGUCUUUACGUCGACCAGACAGGAUCCAACGUCACCGGCAGCUUCGCGCUCGCCGGGGAGCUCCACGACUCCGGGUACUCCCACGGCGCGUCGCUGUCGCGCCUCGCGAUGCAGUCGGUGAUCCGCUCCGCCGUGGCGGCCACCGACCGCCUUCCGAUGGACCCACGCGACGGGAUCUACCUGGUGCUCACCUCGCCGGACGUGGAGGUGGAGGAUUUCUGCCGCGAAGUGUGCGGGUUCCACUACUUCACCUUCCCGGCGAUCGUCGGCGUCACGAUGCCGUACGCGUGGGUGGGGCACAGCGGUACGCAGUGCCCCGGGAUGUGCGCGUUCCCGUUCGCCCUCCCGAGCUACAUGGUGGGGGGCGGCGGCGGGGGCGGGAACAGCAGCGCGCUGGUGGUGGGGCCGCCGAACGGCGACGUGGGCGCGGACGGGAUGGUGAGCGUGAUCGCACACGAGCUGGCAGAGAUGGCGACCAACCCUCUGAUCAACGCGUGGUACGCCGGCGACGACCCGGCGGCGCCGGCGGAGAUCGCCGACCUAUGCGUGGGAGUCUUCGGGACGGGGAGCGGAGGCGGUUUCGCGGGCCACGUGUUCAGGAGCGCGGAGGGUGCGGGCUACAACUUGAACGGGGUCAACGGGAGGAAGUUUAUGGUGCAGUGGCUGUGGGACCCCAUCAAGAAGUCUUGCUUCGGACCCAACGCCAUGACUUAAAUUCUAGACCUGUUCAAUUUCCUCAUGCACAAGGUUGAAACAUUCUCA